CAAUAUAUUAAAGUUUUAUCAACUUCCGUUCAUAUUUAAAUCACACUAACUUUAUCAUAUAUCCACGCCAUUGCAUCAGCAGCAGAUUUAACAAGCUUUUUGCAAAUAGUGCUCGUUGUUUUUCAUCAGCAGCGGAUAAAAAUCUUGCAUAAGGAUAUGUACGAUCCCUUCCCCUCUCAUGUAAACAUUUAUUAGAAUUUAUCUGACCCCCUUUCUCCAAUUAUGCUUACGUAAUAUAUGAACGACCCCUUAAAACUGAAAAAGUGAGAGAAAUAAAAAGAGUUUUAAGCCUCGCUUAAAGUCAAAGUAACGUUGGUACAAUCGGGCCUUGGUGCUGCACUGUCGUUUGGUCCAUAGAAAACUUUUGUAUUAAGGAAACAUCUACGUCAGUAUAAAGUCUAUUACAGCACCACCAAAUUUUGCGUCUGCUUUAAUCUUGUAAAAGGAUUUUUGAUUCCGUUGAGUAAAUUCGGAGAUUUACAUCGAUCUGCAAAGUCCUGACAAUUUGAUUCAGUAUUGGCUCUUACCGAUUUUUUUUAUUACAUACUGGGAAAAAAGUUACUGGUUAAAAAAGUAUUAUUUGAUUCAACUAACUGCAACGGUCACGGGUUGUCUAGCAAAUAUUUGUUAAUUCAAACAAACAAACACUAAGAAUCUUAUUGGACCGUACAUGUGAAUGCACAAUCAUAGAAACAAAUAAGUGGAAGUGACCUGGAAGUCUCAAAAAUAUAAUCUUGAGAAAAAUGUUUUGCUCAUCAUGGAAUAAAGUGUGGAAGGAGGAUAAGAGCGAAACAAAUAUAAGUAUAAUAUAAGAAGAGCUCCUUCUAUCCAAAAUAAUUUGUGGGCUCGAAAAGAGAAGAAAAUAUAGAGAGUAUCUUCUUAAAAAGUUUUUAUUUAGUCAUUCAAUCACGAAUACAAUCACAUACAUAAAAUUGUUUUAACUUCAACAUCAUUACAAAUGUUGUAUAACAUCAAAUCACUCAGGUAAUAAUAUAUAAGCUACCUAAGCGAACGAUGUUAUCGUCAGAAUGAUACUGGGAAAAUCCGGAAAAGCAUCAAAUUAUGAAUCGCUCUGACGGGUAUCCCAGAUUUGCAUAACUCAGCUUAUCAAAAAGUAAACCUUGGAAUAAACUUCUCCUAAUAUGUUUGUAUGUCAUGACGUCCACUUACAAUAUCCGAUAAAAUGGCUCGGACAGGAAAUAUAAUGUGGUGGGGUAUUAGCAACAUGGUCUCGUGUCGUAAUUUCAAUAAUUACCUAUCAAUUGCUAUUAUUAGUUUAAAUAUAAUUUCGAUCGUAGCUGUGCCUUCCGAGCUUAAAUUAGUUAAUGUGGUAUUUAGACAUGGCGAUCGAACACCCGAUAAUAAUGGUCGUGAAAUGUUUCCAAAUGAUCCAUAUAUAAAUUAUUCCUUCUAUCCGACAGGCCUCGGACAAUUGACCAUAGAGGGCAAGAAACACGAAUAUAGAUUGGGCAAAUUUUUGCGCUUUAGAUAUAAUGACUUUCUUGGCAAUUUGUAUGUGCCAAAACUUCUCUCAGCUCGUAGUUCGGAUUAUGAGAGAACAAAAAUGUCUCUGCAACUUGUUCUCGCUAGUUUGUUCCCACCGAAAAAUGUACAACGAUGGAAUCCUCUUUUAAAUUGGCAACCAAUUCCGACAUUGUACGCUCCACGUAUCGAUGACAAUAUUUUUCUUGCCGACGAGUGUCCACAAUUCCUCGAGGAAUACAAUCGAAUAUUGAACUCGCCUGAAGGGCAAACAAAGAUCGAUCUGUUCAAGGAUUUGAUGGGCAACUUGACGAGAUUAACUGGCAAAAAUAUACAGACGCUGGAGGAUCUUUACUUUCUUUAUCACACUUUCGUAGCCGAAUCUUCUUUAGGGUUGACUCUUCCUGAAUGGGCAUAUGAUUAUUUUCCUUAUGGUCCAUUGUUUGACGGAAUUGUAGCUGCAUACAAUGUUAGUAACUUUACUCCUUUAAUAAGGAGAUUAUACGCUGGUCCAAUGAUCCGUGCCAUGACAGAUAGUAUGAUAGCUGCACAAAAUUCAAAUGCACCGAAUACGAAGAUUUACUUAUACAGUGGUCACGAGACCAACAUUGCAGGUAUGUUGCACGCGUUUGGUGUGUAUAAGCCGCAUGUACCUGAGUAUUCUAGCGCGGUUAUUUUGGAAUUGCAACAGAUCCAGCAAGAGUAUUAUGUGAAGCUUGUGUAUUAUCGAGGCAUUCCACCAACUAUCAAAGAUCUUACAAUCCCAGGUUGUGACACACUGUGUCCCUUCGAUAAAUAUUUAGAUUUAAUUGACGACUUAAUCCCAUCUGACGAAGAGAUGAUUUGCGACAAGAGACAGACUCCAAGUUUCGCCGGCACGGAAUAUCCUGCCGGUUUGCAGAAUAUUUUGGAGAAUUUAAUUAAGAGAUCAGCAAUCGAGAAGAACACUUAGUGAUAAUGUACAUGCCAUAAUAAUUAACAUGUCUAGAAAAUCAUAUGCACUCUGCCAUAAAUAUUACAAUAAGACUUUUUUCAUGGAAUCAUUCUUUUUCAUGUUUAUUUAUUUAAUCGCUAUUAAAUAUAAAUAUAUACUACGCAUCAAAAUUAUAUAGGGAUACUAUAUAGGAAUAGAAGAUUACUUUCAAUCAUGCGAAAUAUAUCCAAAAUUAAAUCUUACGCGUAACAUCGUUAUGUAAGAUAUAUUAU